UGUUGUUUUUGUUUGUUUACGAUUCGCCCAUCGCCUGAGGAAGAAUUAUUCUUUGUGAACAGCGGAAUUAAAUUUAUUUAUUCAACUGAAAAUAAAAUCUGAAUCCAUUUGCCAAUUUUGCUACAGCAACAACAAAUCAUGGGCGAUUUCAACUGGGACGACCACAACCGGCAACAGGUUCUGCAGGGCCGCCAAAUCCUGGAGCGAACAUCGGCCAGUUUGGCCCGCUCGAACCAGAUCGCAAUCGAAACCGAACAGACUGGCCAUGAAGUCAUAAGCGAGCUGGAAGUCCAGCGGGAAUCGCUGCUGCGGAGCCAGCGGAGGUUGGAAAGUGCCAACGACGGACUGUCCAAGUCGAGCUCGAUUCUGAGGGCGAUGCACCGGAACGUGCUGUACAAUAAGAUGAUUCUGAUAAUGAUUAUUGUGAUGGAGGUUAUUAUUCUGAUUGGCAUGAUCUAUCUCAAGUUUUUGCGCUAGUACGGAGGACGUUCGAGCAACGAGUUGGACGUGCAACCAUUCCUGGAAAUUUUUAUUUUUCUUCGCUAACCAAAGUUAUGAUAUCAAUCUAUAAAUAUAUUGGUAUAUUCGGAUUUUUUAACACA